AUGGCAUCAGGGAACAAGGGACAUAGUACCAACCUGCAGGUUGAUGACCAGCAAACAUCUACGAGCAUGGAUAACCCAUCCAAACCAAAAAAUGGGAUGGAGAAAGAAAGCUCCAAGGAUGCAAAGCAGGGACAUCAACCAAAAAUGAAGGAAAUGGCUAUGAAGAAUGGUAAACAAGGCAAAAGCCCUGACAUGAAGAACAAUCUGUCACCAAAAAAUGUGAAGCAUCCUCCCCGCAGAAUCAGUUUGAAUCCAAGCAGGAAGAGGAAACACAGAAACCUGAAAAUGACAUCCAUGAUCCAAAAGCACAUUGCAGAGGAGAAGUGGAUGGGACGGCUAUGGCCUUGA